AUGUUGGAGGCCUUCGCGUGCUCGAGGGAGCGCGGCUCCUCAGUAGCGAAGGCAUGUGGUAGUAGUAGGUCCGAUGCGGCGAUCUCCCCCCCAAAACGGGCGCCACGUCGGUUUUCAAUCCGCAGUCAUCGGAACCAUCUGCCAAGCAGAGAGGGCCUCCGUGACGCCGUGCCGCCCCACAGCACCGCGGCGGGACCCGCCCUCAGCUGCGUCGUGCGCGGUAGAAAGCGCCGCAACCAGCGGCGCCGCUCGGAGGAGCUGCUCGCAGAGGCCGCCGAGCACAGGCGCCGGCGGCGGCUGGCGUCCGAGGCUUCGGAGGGGCUGCAGCUGGAGGGCGACGCCUGCGGCGCGGAGGUGCUGCGACUGACCCGCGAGCUCAGAGAGGAGGCGCGCCGCCAGUCGGGGCGCUGCCAGCCCGAAGCCGCGGACGCGGCCGUGGCCAGAGAGGCGUGGCGCCUGGAGGCCGAGGUGGACGGCGCGGCGCGCAGGGCCGGGAGGCUGGAGGCGGCCCUGGACGCGAGGCGGCGGCAGCAUGCCCGCGGCCGGCCCCCGUGA